UUUUCAUGGUAACCAUGUUAGCAACAAAUAUGUUUUGAAGUACUUCACCAAGUACAUUUGGGUCACAAAGUCGGGGGAACUAGCUGCGGACCGCACCACGCUCAGUGAAAGGCUCCAAGGACUCUCAAACUGUCCUGAACUGUAUUUCUGUAAUCUCUCGGUUCUGUUAUACACAACUGAUUAAUUCUGCUUACAUCUAGUUUUACUUCAUUCUAUGUAACUCUGGUUAAUAUCUUAGACACCACACUUUCAUUCUCACAGAAGAGUUCUCAUUGACUAACUCACCUCUACUAUUGAAUCCUAUCUACUAAGAAAGUUCUAAAGUACAUGCUUAUAUAUUUGCUAUCGGUGGGGAUGGGUGGGCAUGCUAACUGAGUGGCCUUGGAAGAUAUACAUUUAUUGUUAGAACAUUAACCCAAACUUACAUAAAUCUCGCAAAUUAACAACGAUACACUUAGUGGUUCCGAUCCACCGUGUCAACCUCUGACUGCGAAAGGUCUGAAAGAGUCUUGGCGCCUGAUAGGUCGCAACGGGCAAUGCUAUCGUUGAGCUGUUUCGACUAGUCAGAAGUUAUAACGAUACAUUUCCUCUUUUUUUCUCUUUUGAUCAGGAUCGAUAAUGCUAAAUUGUUGAGAUGAAAGCGAGCUCCACGCGUCACCAUAACACCAAAACAAAUAAUUUAUACAGUGUCUUAAUUCGUCUCCACUGGUUGUCUCGCGGUCCUUUUACAACCACGUGAGACAUUAGACACUCUUGAAAAUAUUGACAGUCUUCAUUGUUAGCUAAAAUUUGCAUAUUACUACUUUCAUCAUAAUUUGUACGCAAAUGAUCAUAAACUGACCAUGAUAGUAUUGAAUGAUUACCAUUCUGCUAUACUUUUGGUUGGAGUUAUGGUAAUUAGCUCAAAGAUUUCAGGUACCUCUCAGUCACCAUCAGGUAUCAUUGUUGAAGCAGUACAGGGUUCGGAUUUUGUCAUAAUAUCAUGGAAAUAUCAAGAAAGCGCUAAGUUUUACAGAAUCUUCUUCAAAGGAUUUAAUUCAAUGCAGGGAAACUCAAACAGUCCACCACACGAGGUCGGUCCAAUGCAAGUCUACUGUUUGGCGGAUAACACUACAUGUAGUUAUUGUGUGUCAAACAGUGACAGGGAUGUCUCGUGUAACAAAUUUAACAAAAAUUAUGGGGCACCUUUGCUUGAGAGUAAACUGGAAUACGAGGAGCCCGUGAGCAUAAAAGUUGAAGCUUGUACUCAUGUAUACCCUGACUCAUGCCAGAGUCAUAAUGAGUGGAUCAAUUAUACAAUUCCAGCUGGAGCACCCAGUGCAGUGAGGGAUGUACACGCAAGGCCAUUAUCAUCCAAAACGGUCGAAGUCACGUGGUUUCCCCCUUAUCAAACAAGAGGAACUAUUGUAAUGUACACUAUAUUGUACAAAACUGAUCACGGUAUGAAAAUGGGCGAAGAAUUCAGACGUGUAUCAAGAGCAAUUAUCACGGGCUUGAGUGCAAAAACGACUUACAGUGUUUGGAUGACAGCCUCUACGGCCAGGAAAGAAGGCGCAAAAUCCAAUAUCAUCACUGUUCAAACAUAUGAAGACGAAUGUGUGUCUAAUCCUUGUCAGCAUCAUGGAAAAUGUCACGUGGAUGGCAUGUCCUAUUUGUGUAAUUGUUUAAGAGCCUGGGAAGGAGCAAACUGUGAAAUUCCUGAAAGUUUUGUUAUGCAGAAAAACCUCUGUAUCGACACAGGAGGAGGAAACAAGCUUCCUUUUCAAACAAAUGUUUCCUUGGAGUUUUGCUCCGGAAAGUGUAGAGAGAAUUUAAGCUGUAAAUCGUUUGAAUAUGGACUGGGAUAUGGAAAUAAUGGAACAUUCGUUAAAUCUCUUCGUCGACAUGGUCUUGGAAUAUGCAAAAUGCAAGGAGUGGACGCGACAGAGAGAGUCCUUAUCGCUUGUAACUAUGACUACUAUGAGAAGAGAACUCCUGUAUCAGCAGGUUCAAUAUCUUCUUUGCCAUAUAAGGCGCUUAUAACAACUUUAGCGUUAAUGUUUCUUCUCCAGAAAUAGCAGGGGGCGCAAAAUUUACAAUCAGCGCCAGCUUUAAUGUAAAUAAUGCACCGUGAUGUACAAAACAGAUUAUAUACUCCUGAAUGUAACUGAAUGGAUUACAUGUACCGCAUGAGCCCAGCUAAAAGCUCUUCCAAUGGUCUUGACUUAUCUAUCACAGUAGUUCAAGUUAUGUCCUCUUUGGUGAGAGUUCUUCUCUUUACGCUUUACAUACUGUUCUUAAUAAUGUACAUGAAAAAAAUACGUGCUUCUUAUCAGCUGAAAACGAGUGCAUUGUCAUGCAACACGAGUGCAAAUUACAAAUAGCGCGUGCACGCUUCCAAAAUUUCAUCUGUCUUGACCUUCUGCGAUGUCUUUUCAUGUACAUUAUUAACAAGUAGUAACAUGAUUUCGAGUGCAAUUUGGUGUACGCGACCACGGUAAAAAGUAGUCAUCAGUUGUUACCACUAUCCUUUUCAGAUCAAGGAUGACCUAAACAUGUACAAAAAGAACAUGCUACAAGCAAUCAUUACCUUCUUUUAGGGAAGUUUCUUUCAUUAUUAUUUGUUUAAGAAAGGAAAACAGUCUUAAAGGGGGGUAAAUUUCUGGGGAAACUGUGGUGCUGCGUCGGUGUGGGAGUGUAAUAAGAUAAUGUGUUUAACAAAUGAGUUCAUGAUGUAAGUUGGCCACCGCUGGCCACCGUGAAGAGUUCGUCAGAGAAAAGAGUUUAGAGUUACUUAAUAUUUGAUAUAGUUCUUACGUUCUAAACUGACUUUUUUAUUUCUUUCACUAUCAAAUAUACUUACUUAAGGAAGAUAAUAGUUCUUCGUUGGUUGAGGGCGACAAAUUACAACAUUUCAUGUUUUUGUUUUCAAAGUCAAUUUAUCUGUUGUUGUUAGUCAGUCAUGUAAAUUGUUCAGUCCAGCAUUGAUCGUCUGUUCUGAAGACUUGAGGUCCUUGUCAACGUAAAGAAUAUAAGUGUCAUUCGCAAAUAAGGAAAAUUUAAUUUUAUUUGAACAUAAGUAAAUGUCAUUUAGAUAAUACGACUGGAACUACUCGGUAAUAAUUCCCCAUAAACCAUAAAAAUUUUGUUUAUCAAGUAGUAUUUUGUGAUUGACAGUGCCAAAAGCCUUUUUUAAAUCAAUGGUAAUACCACAUGUAAUGCUUACCUGUAUUGUUCUGCAUAGUUUUAACAGUAUCAAGGAUCACAUGAUUUAAGGAGUGUGUCUCACGGAAGCCAUAUCAUGAGGAAUGUUUUAUCGUGUUUAUGCCAAU